GCCCAUUCCCCGUCCUGCUAGUGUAUUUCAAGAGCGCCCAUGUCCCCUUCCAGUCCCAAGCUCUCCAUCUCCCUCCUUUGAAAGCCGCAAACCCAACCAAAAAAAGCCGCAAAAAGCAACCAAGAGACGCAACGCGGAGGCGGAGCGGACCCCAUCUCCUUCCCCACCCGGCCUCGACCUCCUCCCUCCCCCUCCGAGAACCCAGGGACGGCGGGAUGAGGCCAGCGGCGGCGGCGGCGGAGGCGGACGCGCACCAGUCGCGGCUGCUCUACGAGCUCUGCGCGCUCCUGCUGACGGUCCUCCGGGCGUCGCCGGAGGGCGGCGGGGUCGCGGCGGCGCGGCCGCUGCUGCCGCGGCAGGUGACGCCCGCCGGGGUGGCGUCCAUGCUGCUGGGUGCGUCCAUGGCGCUCAUGCUCUGCGGCUCGGUCACCUUCAUGCUGGGAUUCUUCCUCAUGCCCUGGGUCGUUGGGCUCGGAUGCGUCUUCCUCUUCGUCGGCUUCGUCACCAACCUCUCCGGGAUCUGGAGGGCCAUCCUCCUCUGGCCCGCCGCCGCGUGCGCCGCCUCGACCAAGGAGGCCUCGUCCUCCCCAUGCCUAAAGGGGCAAAUAUUUUCCAAGCCUCCUUUCAUACCGAUGUGAAGGCAAAUACAAAGUAAGACUCCGAUGGAGGUGUAUAGGAGCAGGGGAGUCUGAGCAUACUGUUAUCGUCGCCAACCUAUAUUUUCCUUCCUGGGGAACUUUUUUACCAUGUAACGCCACGACAAGUUUGGAAUGGUUUUAUACUGUGACUAGGAGGAUACUUCUUUGUACAUACGGAAAGAAUGCUCUGGUCUAAUCAUCACGUGGAGCUUAUUAUAAUUGUUUCAGAAACGCUGUUCCUUCCCGGAACACCAAGAAGUUCAAUAUAUUUUCUUUUUCAGUGAGCU